UCAAUCUGUCCACCUGUCCUCCCAGCACAGGUCUGCUGCUGGUUAAGCUUUCUUUGCCCAAUAGUCUCAAGGACACUGGUCACUGCUUUAAACUACAGCUGAACUACAGGAAAGAUCUUAAUCCAAGCAAUGGAAGAGGUGGACACUCAAAGUGUCGAAGAGGAAACAGAUUUUGAAGGAUCUGCUAUGAACACAGGACCUAAAGGAGUAAUACACGAUUGGAGAAAGUUUAAGCUAGUAAGUGAAGACCAAGAAGCGGUGCCACCAAAUAAGAGAGAAAUCCUCCGCCAAAUGUCUUCGCCGUUCAAAGGGCCAAGUAAAGAAGAAAAGGACGCAAGAGAAAAAUUCACUCGAAAGAUGAGCAUGCAGGAGUAUGAGUUAAUUAACGAUAAAGAGGAUGAAAAUUGCCUGCAAAAAUACCGUAAACAGUGUAUGCAUGACAUGCACCAGAGGCUGAGUUUUGGGCCAAAGUAUGGGGUUCUCUGUGAACUUAGAAGUGGAGAUGAGUUUUUGGAAGCCAUAGAAAAAGAACAAAAAAGCACCACGGUCAUUGUUCAUAUUUUUUCCGAUGACAUCAAGGGAUGUGAGGCACUGAAUAAUUGCCUAACAUGUCUCGCUUUAGAGUAUCCUACAGUUAAGUUCUGUAAAAUCAAAUCAGCUGAUACAGGGGCCGGAGAAAGGUUUUCGGCCAGUGUACUUCCGACCAUACUAGUGUAUAAGGCAGGAGAACUGAUAAGCAAUUUUAUUAAUGUCACUCAGUAUUUACAUGAGGAAUUCUUUGCAGGGGAUGUUGAGUCCUUCCUAAACGAAUAUGGGCUUUUGCCAGAAAAGGGAAUCCAGGGCCUUGCAGAUGACAAUGGAGAAGGGGACAUUGAAUAGUUGAGAGCAGCGAUGUUUUCGAGAAGAUAUUCAAAGUGUAUUAGAGAGUAGCUGCAGGUGAUGGUAGAGUAGAAGGUUUUUGUAUGGGAAUAUUUAUAUAAGCCUUCUGAACUACCAUUGCCAGCUGCCACUGGUAGACAGUGGGAUAUAUUCUCUAAACGGUGAAUUGGGGACUAUUUUUAACAGAAUUGCAACUUUGGAACAAAAUUGUCACCUUGGAAAAAUACUUCAGCUGGGUUUAUUUUCGCAACUCUGCAGAUUUUUGUCCUAAAAUUUGCAAUUGCCUUGACAAUAGUCUACAAUUGACAGUUUAGUGAAUUAGCCACUUCAAUAAUUGUUAACGUUCUGUUUGCAUUAAAUGAUAAUACUGUACCAUGUAGACUAUUCAUCAGAAUUGGUUGGAAGCAUUUAAUGGUUAUGUUAACCAAAGAUAAAAAAAAGUAUGAUUUUAUUGUUUUAGGGCUUAAAACAAUGUUUUCCUGAGAAGCCUUCAGAGCUAGUUCGUCAUAUAAUUGUAGAAUUGAAAUAAUUUGUAGACACUACAGUUCAUUGUGAAUAUAUAGCAUACGUUGUUUCUUAUAUAAUAAAAUAAGUGUACCCUCUCCUGCUUUGAAGUAACUGAAUGAAAUUUUGUUACGGUUCAAAAACUUAUGUAAAAAAAUAAUAAUAACCAGAACAUAAAAAAGCACAUUGCACUAGAAUUAUUUUAGUUAAGUAUAGACAGGUUGUAUUUUUUUUUUUUUUUAAAUCAUGUUAUUGUAGUGAUUAUCAUACAAUGAAUGAAAUAGCUCAUUGGAUAGCAAAUGCUGACUUCCUGACAAUGUUAACUCAAUCUUUCUGUGGUUUAAAAAAAAUGAGCAUCCUUAAAGCUGGGUAGAAAUAACAUCUACUUUCCAAGAUAUGAUGUACUUUAUGUUCACUGACUGUAAGUAUAUGUGAUUG